UUCCGAUGCCUUUUCCUCUAACGACCCAUUUCCGUCUUCUCCCUCCACCACACUCUCUCCUUCUCUCCGUUUCCCGUCCGAGUCGACUCAGUCGAAUCAGUAGAUACGAGAGAGAGAGAAAUGAAUGACCCGUUAGUAGUCGCUUACCAGGCUGCCGAUUUACGAAUCGCUGCCGAGUUCUUCACCAACUGGCUUCCGUUCCUCACCAAAGAUCUCUGCAGCAACUGCAUGCAAACCCUAACAGAUCGCAUCCAUUCGCUCGAUCCCGAAGCUUCUGAAGUUGCUGAACCACCCCCGGAGAAUGAUGGCUCUGAUGGUCACGUUGAUCUGAGUUUGGUUGAACCGGAAGCUCAUGAUAUUCACGAUAAUAGCGAUGGCCACGCUGAUCUGAGCUUGGUUGAACCGGGAGCUCAUGAUAUUCAUGAUAAUAGCGAUGGCCACGUUGAUCUGAGCUUGGUUGAACCGGAAGCUCAUGAUAUUCAUGAUAAUAGUGAUGGCCACGUUGAUCUGAGCCUGGUUGAACCAGAAGCUCAUGAUAUUCAUGAUAAUUGCGACACGAACUCUCUUGGAAGCUGGAAAGAGAGUGCGAAUGAGUGGUCUGAGGAUGUCUCAAAUAAUUGUGAGCCGUCAACGCCAGCUGUCCGCAUUUCGUGGGCAGACAUGGCACAGGAAGAUGAGCUUGCAGAGGAGGAAGAAGGAGAAGUGGCAAACAAGCAGUCUUGGGCGGACGAGUGCGAUGCAGCCGGAGCCGGGGGAGGAGUGGAGGAGGUGAAAGUGAAGAAGAAGCCGGCACUGCCGAGGGAACAGCGUGAGUAUAUCCGUUUCAUGAAGGUCGGAAGGAAGAAAGAUUUCAUCUGCUUGGAGAGAAUCAAUGGAAAGAUUGCAAAUGUUCUCGAUGGGCUUGAGCUUCAUACUGGUGUGUUUAGUGCUGUAGAGCAGAAGAGGAUCAUCGAUUUUGUGUAUGAGCUUCAGGAGAUGGGAAGGAAAGGCCAAUUGAAAGAGCGUACAUAUUCUGAACCACUGAAAUGGAUGCGGGGAAAAGGACGUGUGACCAUCCAGUUUGGUUGCUGUUACAACUAUGCACUGGAUAAAAAUGGAAACCCUCCAGGCAUCAUCCGUAACGAAGUUGUGGAGCGUAUACCUCAUCUUUUCAAAGUGAUCAUUAAGAGGCUGAUUGGUUGGCAUGUUCUUCCUCCAACAUGUGUACCUGACAGUUGCAUUGUCAACAUCUAUGAAGAAGGAGACUGCAUCCCACCUCAUAUCGACAACCAUGAUUUUGUUCGGCCAUUUUGCACAGUGUCAUUUCUUAGCGAGUGCAAUAUACUCUUUGGAUCAAACUUAAAGAUUGUAGGGCCGGGCGAGUUUUCAGGCUCAACUGCAAUUCCUUUGCCGGUGGGGUCAGUACUUGUCUUGAAUGGAAACGGAGCUGACGUGGCAAAGCAUUGUGUACCAGCAGUUCCUAAGAAAAGGAUAUCCAUUACAUUCAGGAAAAUGGAUGAGAAGAAACACCCAUUUGGAUUUGUGCCUGAACGAGAUCUGCAGGGCCUCCAGCCGCUCCCUUAUGGUUUAGACAAGUCAAAGAAACCACGGGCUUCGAAGCCACAGCUGAACACAAAUAGGUGGGUGGUUGUAGAGGGUGUUUCGGAGGGAGAAAACCAAUUCCUGGGUAGGGGACCCCGUUCGGGGCAACCACGCACUGGCCGAACUCGUUCGCAGCCUGCAAAUAGGCCAAGAGUCAGGAUUCAAAUGCCUUGAGGAUUGUAUAUGCACUGUCAGCUAAUGAAGCUAUGCCAUUUGAUACUUUUGUUCUUUUUUCAGUUGGUUGCCAUUUUCCAGAUCUUAUAAGGUAAUAUAUAUAGAAUGUAUGAGGUUUUAUUUGAGGCAUGGUGGGUUUGUAUAUUCUAUUUGCACGGGAAGAAGAUGUAGAAAAUUUCAGUCAUUUGAAUAUAUUCGCUUUGACACAAGCCCCUCGUUGAAACUGGGCCAUGGGUGGUCAUGAUGGGGUUGAAACAAAUGAAUGGUGGAUUUUACUUGGUUCCUCUGAAAAAAGAUUCAGUCAAUAAUAGUGAUGAAUUUGUAUAAGAAUUAAUCAAGGAUAUUUCAGUUCA